AGAUCUACGAAACCCUGUCCACCGAGAUCCACCGCCUGGUCGCCCAGCACCCGGAUACGCUAUACACGGGCACCUCGUGCUUCGAGAAGUAUAGCACGGGGAUGUUCUGCGCGGGGAACCGGAACGGAAACGCUGCCUGCGAGAGCUCCAGCACCACCGCCACCACCCUCAAAGUAUCCAACACCAGCGUCAACAACAGCCACCAACAAGAACAACGCCGCCACCGCCUCACCUGCAACGGAGAGGUGUGUCACGCGCACCCGAGCGACGGCAGCCUGCACCUGACGCUGCACCCGGCGGACGUGAAGCUGGUGCUAGAGCGCGGCUGGGGCCAGCGGCACCCGCUGGCCCGCGACAGCUGGUGGUGGUGGCUGCGCAUCGUGCCGCCCGGGUUUGUGAUGGUGUAUGCGCCGCGCGACGCGGAGGAGCUGGAGUGUGUGCUCGAGAUUAUCCGGGCGGCGGCGUGGUGGGUGAGUGGGACGGAGUUGUGCAGGUGAAGAGGUAAACGAGGUAAUGCUUUGGGGAAUUAGUCCUAGUCGGUGCAUGCCUGCCGGGGUGGUGAGACGUCGUGAUGCCCGGGGGGGCUGAGGGGCUAGGGGCAAGGGGUGGGAGAGGUGGCGAGGAGGAAAGCUGCAGGGUGGGUGAGUCUAUGGUUUGGUGGGUGUAGUGCUUGUGGGUGGUGGUGGUGGUGGUGGUAGUUC